AUGGCUUUACUGCAGACUCAACGAGGCUUAUCUCCUCGCCAUCUUCAGCUCAUGGCAAUUGCAGGUAGUAUCGGCGUUGGUCUUUUCGUGGGUGUUGGCGGCAUCUUGGCAUCAGCUGGCCCACUGCCUCUGGUCACCGGCUACGUGAUAUAUGGGCUUGCGUUCAUUUGGCCCACCACCCUGAACACUGCAGAGAUGGUAGCCUGGCUCCCUAUCCGUGGCUCCAUCUAUGAAUUAGCCGCUCGUUUUGUGGAUCCUGCGCUUGGUUUUGCUAUGGGCUGGACAUACUUCUUUGGUAGUGUGAUGCUUGUCUGCACCGAGUACUCGGCCGUGGCUACGGUCAUGCAAUAUUGGAACACAACCAUCAAUCCAGCAGUUUGGGUCGCUAUGGCCAUGAGUGUAUGCUACUUUCUUAAUAUGGUGGCAGUGAGGUGGUAUGGUGAGUCUGAGUUCAUCAUGGGCUCCACUAAAGUUCUUCUUAUCCUAGGCCUCAUACUGGCCACCUUUAUCACGAUGGUAGGAGGCAAUCCUCGCCACGAUGCUUACGGCUUCCGAAACUGGACGAACGGCGACCUUGCCCAUCCCUACUACACAAGCGGCGCGGCAGGAAUAUUCCUGAGUGUUUGCAUCUCAGUGCGAUAUGGCGUCUUCACAGUAGGGGGACCUGAAAUCAUCUCAGUGGCCGCCGGGGAGAUCCGAAACCCCCGAAAGACUAUCCCAAAUGUGGCAAAGAUGAUUAUCGCCCGCAUCUUAUUCUUCUACGUUAUUGGCGUCCUGGCUGUCGGCAUUCUCUGCAAUUCUCGUGAUCCCCGGCUCAUGGGGGCGAUCGAGUCAGGCGACGCUGGUGCAGCUGCAUCUCCUUGGGUCUUGGGUCUGUUGAACCUAGGCAUUACUGGAUUUCUUCCCGGCUUCAUCAACGUUCUCAUUCUUUUGUCCGGCUGGUCGUGUGGAAAUGCCCAGCUCUAUGCCUCAAGUCGUACGCUCUACUCACUCGCUCAAGAUGGACAAGCUCCCAAGUUCUUUUUAAAGUGCACAAAAGCUGGCGUUCCAUGGGUGGCUGUGACUGCUGUCACUUUCCUCUCUCUGCUGUCCUUCCUUGUUGCGUCGAACGACGCGAUCGUGGUGUUCGGCUGGUUUGUGGAUCUUACUACGUCAUCGAAUAUCGUCUUCUUUACGGCUAUAUCUUGGGUCUUCAUUGGUUGGCGUCGGGCUCUGAAAGCACAGGGAAUUCGUCUUCAGGGGAAAAACACGAUCAGCAGGAAUUCCUGGAAUAUUUUCCGUCGUGAAAAGUCCAGUUCCGACAAAAAACCGACCGACGGAAUCUUAUUCCCCUACAUCGCCCCUGCUUCCUCCUGGACUCCAUACUCGUGCAUACUUCUUGGCGGUUUUAUCAGCAUAUUUAUCGGCUUUGAUAUAUUUCAUCCAUGGUCCACUAGGGGAUUCAUUACAAGCUACUUUGGUGUGGCUUGGUUUUUGGGCAUGUUCGCGCUUUGGAAGAUUUUUAAAAGGACUAAAUUUGUCAACCCAGCCACAGUUGACAUCCAUGCGGAUGGAAGGAAGCAGGCUAUCGACGAUGAAUGCCGUAUCUGGGAAGAGGGACUUGAUGACGAGAGAGUGAGAGAGGAGCUCAGGCAGAAAAACGUUGUGGUGAGAGCCUGGGCUAGGUUCUGGGGAAAUUAG